GUUCAGAUGUUUCACACAUCAUCCUCAUUACAGGCACAUCUCUUGGUGCAUUGGUCAUACUUGUAUCAGUGGCGUUCAUUCUAGUCUACAUCUUUAGAAAUUAUGGCAAGGAAAAAGAAGUACGUUUAAAGGUAGAAAGAUUUCUUGCAACCUACAAGUCCACAAAACCCACGCGAUACUCUUUUGCUCAUGUUAGAAAGAUGACUAGGCAUUUUAAGCAUAAAUUAGGCCAAGGUGGAUUUGGAACCGUAUAUAAAAGGCAGCUACCAAAUGGAAUUCCAGUGGCAGUUAAGAUGCUGAUGAACAUGGCGCGCACUUAUUCUGAAGUAGCCACAGUUGGAAGAUCCAUCAAUGAAGUAGCCACAGUUGGAAGAAUCCACCAUGCCAAUGUGGUUCGUCUCUUGGGAUUUUGUUCUGAAGGAACAUGGAGCGCACUUAUUUAUGAAUUUAUGCCAAAUAAGUCACUGGAGAAGUACAUUUUCAAUAAAAGAAAUAAAACAAAUCAUCAACCAUUGGACAUGAAAAAGCUGCAAGGCAUUGCUAUUGGGAUUGCUCAGGGUAUCGAGUAUUUGCAUCAGGGAUGCAAUCAACGCAUCCUACAUUUUGACAUCAAACCUCACAACAUUUUGUUGGACCAUGACUUCAAUCCAAAGAUCGCAGAUUUUGGUCUUGCAAAAUUAUGCUCGAGAGAUCAGAGUAUUAUCACGAUGACUGCUGCGAGAGGUACAAUAGGCUACAUUGCACCCGAGAUCUAUUGUAGAAAUUUUGGAACAGUGUCUUAUAAAUCAGAUGUAUAUAGUUUUGGAAUGUUGGUGUUGGAAAUGGUGGGUGGCAGGAAGAAUGUUGAUCCUGAAAUCGAGAAAACGAGCGAGAUAUAUUUUUCAGAGUGGGUAUAUGGCCAGAUAGUGCAAGAUCAUGAUCUAGGAUUGGUGAUGCAGAGAAAUGGAGUUGAAGAAGAUAUCGCCAAAAAGCUUACAAUAGUAGCAUUGUGGUGCAUACAGUGGAAUCCAAUGGAUCGACCCUCCAUGACAAGAGUGGUUCAGAUGGGAAAUCUGAAGAGCUUGGAGAUACCUCCCACACCUUUCAUCUCCUCCACUGAUCAAGAGAAUGGCAUGUAA